ACAUAACAUCAAAGAGUUGGUGUUUUUCGUGAUGGAAGAAUUACGCUGCUUCAAUUGUCAUCACAAAAACCUUACCCACGAAAACGUUUUCAACGUCAGUGAAAUCCGUAAGACAAUUGCACUGCAGAGGGACACAGAAGAGGAGCAAGUUCCUUAUGAUGCAAGACAAAAUGGCGUCCGUGUCGAUCUUGACAAGGAAAACGUAUUUCUUGUUGUUUGUGCUGAUUGUGUUUACGACAGGCUACAAAAGUGUAAAAAUUGCUCCGAAAAGGCUCCCUUGUGUAUGUUUAAAGUCGGACAAUGGUUUAAUGCGAAGGAAAAUCGAGUAUGUAUCGACUGUGCCGCUGUGAAGGAAUCUUCCAAGCUUUUAAAAGACGGUUGCGAAAUGGCAUCCUUGAUUCAACAGUGCUUUCGCUGCGGGCAUUUUAAGUACUUACCAUCAUUUAUGGUAUCUUCAAAGUCCAAUGUCGAGAGAAUACCCCGAGAAUGUACAAGCUGUUUACUAAAGGCCGAUAUGAGAAAAUACAAAAAGGAUUUACAUGAACGAUAUCAGUCGCAGUUGCGGGAAGAACCUGUUUUGGUAUCAGAGCACAAGAGUUCUUUUUCUAAAGAUAUAAAUUCUCAAUCAACUUCUUUGUCAUAUGCGUCAGUUGUAACUAAAGGUUUUUCAAAAAACUCGUCAGCUGAAGUGAACUAUGAAGAAGACAGUGGUGAAGUGUGUGAAGGAGCGUCAGUUGGUGACAGACAGAUAAACAAGAUGAUGAAGUUAACAACUUUCAGUGCAUCUAUCAACGAAUCCAUCUGUGAAAACCUUCUCCAGUCUCUAAAAUAUUCAUUCAAGCAGUUGGAAGAGAAAACUAAACUAGAAUUACAGCUGAUGCAGCUGGACUUGCAUUUGUGUCAUGGUAUUUUGAGGGAUAAGCUAAUCAGAGUGUCUCACAGGUUUUCCAAACAAGGUACUCAACAAACCUUAUUUGAUGAUGCUGAGUCACGGUGGGCAUACAUGGGGACAUAUACUGUAGCGCAUGCAAGUCUGGUGCAUGCUACCUUCAAGUCUGGUAUCUUUCCUCCAUUGGAARAGUUCCUAAAAAAUAUCCAUCAAGGAAAUAAAAGACCUUUAGUGUGCAGUUUUGGGGCAGGUCCUGGAAGUGAGGUGCUUGGGUUAUCACAACACUUCCCYCCAGGCACAGAGUGGAUUUUACUUGAUAACUGUGAAGACUGGGAACAUCUUGCACAAGUGCUACUCACACAAACAGCUGGAAUAACAUUCCAGUAUGGAACAGUUGAUGUCACUAGUAAACUACCUAUUAGGACAGGACCUAAAGAUAUGUUUCUUCAUACAACUUUCAAAAAGGCAAAUUUGAUGAUAUUUGUCAAGUUUAUUUCUGCCGUGCAGAACCAGACAGGAGCUAAGAAGUACCUCACCAGUGUCAUCAGGAAUUUCAGCAGUCCAGGAACUCAGUUUCUUUUCAUAGAUAAUGCACACAUCCAAACAAAAACAUUUAUUGAAGACUUAGUAUUUGCUGAUGGCAGGUAUGUUGAUCAUGGUGACUUCAAGGAAAGUGAACAUUUUACUCUCUAUACUACUUAUGCAGAACUAAAGUCAGAGGGUAAUGAUGCACUGAAGUCUACUGUCUUGUGUGACUGGGUUGGCUACAUUACUUACUGGCUUGAUCGAUGGCCAACUCUAGAUUUAAGAGUCAAUGUUUUCCUGGCAGUUAAAAAGGACAAAACAGAACAACAGUGAAAGUAGUCUGGAAGAAUAUAGCUAGUUCAAUAAAUAAAUUAAGUCAUUUUGUAAGUAGUAUUUAUGAAGAAUUAAAACCAUGAAGGACAAAUACAUUUUUUUAUUAUAAGCACUUUAAAUUCAAAAACUCAAGAGGCUUUAGCAUACUUUUCUAUCAUUUAAACCCAAAUGGUUAUUGUACACAUCAUUUUGAAUUAUUGAAAGUCACAAUCUUAUUUUUGUCACUAAUAUCAAUUUUUAUUGGUAUGGGUUCUUUUCAUUGGUCUAGCUCGGUUUUUWACGGAACAUGUACAAGUGUUUAUUUUUAUAGGUAUAGUAAAUUAAGCUUGGGCUAAGAUUUCCAAGGAAGAUGAUGGAAAAACAUCAAUGUGGAAUGUGUAACCUGUCAAUUUUGUUGAGAAGAGGGAUCAAAGGGAGGUUGUACAACAUUGAAAUGAUUUACACCUGAUUGAAAAAACGUUGUCGGGUUCAAAAAAAGGUUAUAUCAUCACAGCCAAAGGGGAGCAUGGGAAGACAAAAUACCACAGCCAAACCRCUCUCCGGCGUACAUCUUUGGAGAAUAGCUUUGGCAUGUUAAUCUAGGUCGACCGACUUUGCUCUACUGUGCAUUUUUAAAUGUCUAUAUGCAAAUAUUAUGCAUAUUUYGGAGUACCCAAAAUCCUUUUCAAUCUUAGCUUCGAUGAUAUGACGUUUUUUUCAAUCAGGUGUAUCAUCUAUUUAGUGCUCAUUCUAUACACAAUCAUGAAAGGUUGUUGUAUAAGGUUUAGGAACUGAGAGUAGUUUGACUGCCCAAGUAAGCUAUAAGGCAUUGGAUUUUUGUGAAAAGAUUCCCUGCCAAGAAUUCAGGAUUUUCACUUCAAACUUUGAAGACAAUAAGCCUGAAGCGAGAUGACGUUUUACCCCUGUCUCUAGAYCAUAAUCCUUUUCACACUGCUUUUGUUCUUUAAUUAUGACUAUUGUUCCUGUAUUCUCUAAGGAAUCAAAAAUUUUAAUAUGAAAGAAUUUUAAAAACUAUUAUGGCAUAGAGUCGGAGGUAAACGUCCUCUCGCUUCAGGUUUAUU